UUUUAGAAGAAGCGACAGCUCCUUCUAACUGCAACGCGGACGCAAGCAGUAGGGAAAACUACGGCGACACCAUGACCUCGGGAGCUGGUGGGCUCAGCCCAGAGAGUGAAAGUUUUAUCAAGGAGGUCAUUGAGACUUUCCAGAAUGUAGGGAGCAAAGCGAUGCUGCAUGUCCUGCUGACUGACCAUGAAGCCUGGGAGAGAUUUGUGGUUGAGGCCACUUUGUCCAGGGAGGAGGCAGAUGCCCUUCGUGGACGUCUGAACGAGCUGCAAGAAGCCAAGGAUUUGGAGGCCAAAGAGCAGCAGGCUAGGGAGAGGUUUCUGCAUAAGUUUCCUGAGUUGAAACUCAAGAUUGAGGAGCGCAUAAGAAAGCUCCACGAGCUCGCAGAUGAGGUGGACAGGGUACACAGGGACGCCACCAUCUACAGUGUAGCAUCCGACUCUGCUGCUGUCACGUCCGGUGUCCUGAGCAUCCUCGGUCUUGUUCUGGCGCCUUAUGCAGCAGUGGCCUGUCUGGUAGUGUCAGCAAUUUCAGCGGGGCUGGGAGUAGCAUCAGGUGUGACCGGAAUAUAUGCCAGCUCCAUGGAAAUGUCCAGCGAGUGUUCCUCCAUAAACGAAGCAAAUAGACUGAUACUGAGUGACACUGAUGAAGACGAGGUAUUUCAAAAAUUUCUGGAUGACUACAUAGACUCUAUUUUUUCCCAAAUAGAUAGUUUAUAUGAAAACCUGAAGGACCUUGCAGCUAAUGUUCGUGCCAUCAGGGCAGCCAGGGUGAACCCUCAGCUGGCUGUCCAGGCCCAGCGCUUCAGCAGAGGUUUGCCUGUCUCAGGUCGAACUGCCAGGCAGGUGCAGAACACUUUUCGAGACACUGCUCUGACAAUGACCAGAGGAGCCCGGAUCAGGAGAGGGCUUUUCUCAGUUCUCUCUCUUGGGUUAGAUGUGUAUGAUCUCGUGAAAGACUCAAUGCACCUGCAAGAGGGCGCAAAGGCAGAGUCAGCUGAAGACAUGAGGCGGCGGGCCCGGGACCUGGAGAGCAAGUUGGAGAAGCUCAGCGAGUUCUAUGAACGUCUGAGGGAGGGCCCGCCUCCGUGAUCCCCGAGCAGGGCGGAGAGCGGGGACAUGUGUGGGACAAAGACA